ACGAGCAAAAACCAAAGCAUCACAAAACAAAGGAAUGAAACAAAUAUUCUAAUACUUUGUGUAUCAGCGUUUUUUCCAUAAAACUAUUUAGAUUUACUUGGCUUAUUAUUAAAUAAGAUCUAACAUUGCUUCGCAAGCAAACCAUUUGUUAUCCACAGAAAGUCAUUGGAAUAACUUCGUAAACAAUGAAAUAUAGAUUUAUUUUUAGUUGCAAAUUGCUCACAGUGGCAUUAGUUUCUAGCAUUUUAGGAUGUAUUUUGUUACAGGAAUUGGCUCAAUUGACUCCUUCUUCAAAAGUGAUGAAAAUGGAUCAGUUAAAUGUAAAGAGGCGAUUUGUUGAGAUUUCAAGUCAAGGAACAUAUAUUUAUUCAGCCUUUUUCAAUCAAGACAAAAUCAAUCGAAACGAGGAAAAAACGAUCGUCGUUCUCUCUUGGCAACAAGAAAAUGCUACAAUAAACAGAUAUAAAUGUUGUGUAGUAGCAAACAAUGAAAUGCUUUCCUUGCAGUCAUCGAAAACAAAUUAUUUUGUGCGUGGUUAUGGACGUUUGUAUGCAAGUCGAGUUGAAUGUCAUGUUCCUCCACGGAUAAUCAGCAUUGAUUAUGUCUCUAUUGUCAAACAAAUUGACGAAUGCCCAACCGAAAGAACAUUUUAUAUUACAGUGACUGUUCGUAAACAAAUAACAAACAGACCGAAUUUAGCAAUAUGCAAUAAAUACUUAUAUGGAUCAAUUGAUGCAUUUCAAUUAAUAGAAUGGUUUGAAGUGAAUCUUUUUCAUGGAGUGGACACAUUUACGAUACAUUACAACCCAAGUCUUAAUGAAUUAUCUAAACGUGUUUUGAGAUAUUAUGAAAACAAAGGAAUACUACAAGCAGUGGAAUUAAUACCACCACUAGAAAAUGAAAUAUCGAGAAAGGCACAUACAUUUCAACUAUUUAAGGACGAGCACGUUGCUCUUCUUGAUUGCAGAGAAAGACACAGGUACUUCGAUAUAACCAUCGACAUCGACCGAGAUGAGUUUAUUGUGAUGAACACGUCAGAAAAGGGUUUACUAAAAAAAUAUUUGGUGGACAAGCUACUUUAUAGGAAAAUAGGUGUUUUGAAAUUUUACAUUGUAUUUCAUGACAUGACUUGGAACGCAACAAACUAUAAUCAUGAGUUAAUGAUUGGCCGUUAUGGGGAAGCAACACUACCUAUUAUAGACUGGAUAAAAAAUGCGUAUAUGCCGUCACGUGUCCGUCUUGAAAGCGGUACUAUUCAUGCAGUUUUGCCAAUGAAAGGGUACAGUCGAGUCUUUGCAAAUCCCGAAGAGAUAGCAUUGCACCAUUUUCGCAAAUGUAGAACGGACUUUAACAAAGCACAGAUUAAAGCAGUUUACAUCAAAGGCAGGAUUUUUAAAAUGAAACAGAGCUGCAAGACAAUGCCUAGACAUUAUUAUAAGUCAAUUGAAAUGCUAGCUAACGAAAGAGAAAUACAAUUUAAUGUACAUCAAGUCAUAAAAUCAAUUACACAAACGAGAUUAUAGUGUCCAGAAUGUAUCAGAAACUAUUUUAAUCUUAAAGGGAAAAUGAGAGCAUUUUUGAUCUAUAGAUUGUUUAAUCUUCUUCGACAAGUGUUCAAGUAAACUUAAUAUCAUUGCAGCAAAAAUGAUGUGCUAUGAAUGUAAUGCAAGAUAUUGUUUCCAAAUAUUUAGUACUAAAAAUAUACAUCUUGCAUUUCAAAAAAUUCGUUUAAUGAAAUGAAAUAUCUUCAAUGCCGGUAUAUGCUUAGUCAAUGCAAAAUCUUUCAAUACAUUAAAAAGGCUUUGUUGAAACUGUACAUGACAACUUAUAAGUCAAACAUUUCGAAUCCAGCUUUACUCCUAAUUUAUAAAUUACAUUUCGGAAGAUAAUUCUUGUAACUCUGUUCUAAAGCUAAUUCAAAACGCCAAACUUUCCGGAUGGCAAAAUAUCAUUUGCAGGAACUGUAUCGACAUUAGAAGGCGUGACUGAAUUCAAAUAAAUGAAGAUAACACCAGACUCAGGCGGUUUAAAUAAAAUGUUUUAUCAAAUUUGUUGAAAUGAUUAACAUUUUUAUAAUUGUUCUAGGUUUUUCUUUUGCAAUUGAUGUUUUAAGCCAAUUACAAAAACGAGGUUUGAUGGACACAGGAAAAUUUUUAUUUAUUGACAUUGUCAAUAUUUUCAUUUCUCACAAGAAAACAAAGCAAAGUUCAAUGUUUUUAUUUAAAACGUUAACUAUGAAGGACUUAAUAUUAACAAAUAUUGCUAAUUUCCCUGAGUUGGAUUCAAUUAAGUUCAAUAUUCAUAAAAGACAACUGAUUGUGUCAAGAAAUAGUAAAGAGAAAUUAACACAAAUAAUUGUAUUGUUAAAACCAAUUUUAACACAGAAAAAAAAACAUUAAAUUGAAUCGCAAAUAUUUUUAAAUGUAGUAUUUUUUACCGAAAAGUAAAGUAGACUUUGCGAUUUUUAUUUUUCA